AUGUCGCCACCGGACAAAACUGAUCCCCCUUCCCGCAUAAAUGUGGCCCUCAACACCAACUCUGCACCAGUUACGGUGGAUGUCACUAUGAAUGUGAAUAGUCAGGCUCACGCAGUCAAGCAUAUUCAACAAGUGGAUGCGGAAAACAUACAUCGGUCCAACCUGGUUCAAGAAUCGAAGCCAGCCGCAGGAGCUGAUCCAUCCCACACCUCGAACCAAUCCAGCAAGCCGAGUAAAGCUACUGAGCCUAGAACUUCUGAUCGACCAACAACUCCUAUGACACCGAGGCCUGGACAGAAAUGGCGCCUUCCCCUCUAUUUCGGUGUUGGAAACUGGCGCCGACAGGGCGAGUGA